ACAAACUCUCUACCAGUCCACCAUCUCUGGUCGAGUGUGGCCUAAAGAGUCCUUUCUGGUAAGGAUUAAAUAUUUUCUUAGGUCACCUAAGUCACUCAGUUUCAGAGACAACUUCCUAAAGCUGGUAAUAUAUUAUGAAGAUACUAACUACGAGGAAAUUUCAGAAGAACCGUCAUAUGAUGGCUUCAGAUUUUUGUCGGAUUUAGGAGGAGCCAUGGGACUUUUCUUGGGCGCUUCUGUUUUGAGUUUUCUCGAAUUGGUACAGCUGUUUGUUGAACUUUCCAAUUACCUUCGUCGCAAAUGUCUUCAAAGAAAAAACAAAGUAAAUGAGAGUCCGAAUAACACCGUUAAUCCGACCAAAGAUACCAAAGAUUCAAAAAACAUAUUCACAGUUGCUAUGGAUGAAAGGGAUAAUGUAUAA